AUGCGGCUGCCGGAGCUGUGCCUGGCGCUCCUCUGCGCCGCCGGCACGGGCACCGAGCCCCCGCCAGCAGCCCGGGAGCGGCCGCUGGCCCCGGGAGCAGCCGCGGGCCGUGCGGGGCCCGGAGCUGCCCCCGUGGAUCCCCGGCAGGCGUGGAUGCUGCUGGCCGGGAGCCCCGGGCCGGGGAGCGGCGGGCGGGGCCGCGGCCGGAGCGCGGCUCGCACGGCCCCAGCGGGCGCCGGCUCUCCGGGAAAACCAACCCCGGCUGCCCCGGCCUCCCCCAGGAUGGCGGAGGAGCUGCUGAGGGAGCUGCAGCUCCUGCUCAGAGGACAAGGGAAAGCGGGGCUGGGCAGCAGAGCUGGGGAAAGUGAAGGUUCCCUUCCUAAGGUCACACUCCGGUGGGGUUUGGGGUCAGGCAUGGCAAAGCUGUGCAGGACAGCUGGGGAAGGGCGUAAGGAGGAGGAAAGCAGCAAAGGCAACCUCCGGGCCGGAGUCCAGCACCGUGUGGAAGCAGCCUUCCAUUGCCAAACGCGUGAAGACAUCACUGUGGGGCACAAGAUGUGGCAGGAGCUGGGGUUGUUCUACAUUUUAAAGAGGGAGAGGAUGUUCCACCGUGGCCCGGGGCUGAACCUGACCAGCGGGCAGUACACGGCCCCGAUUGCAGGGUACUACGCCUUCACCAGCACGCUGCACAUUGCACACAGGGAGCCGCAGAGGAAGGGCCAGGGAUGCCGAGGGAGCCGCCUGCGGGUGCUGAUCUGUGUGCAGUCCCGCUGCCAGCACAACAGCAAUCUGGAGACCGUAUCUCAGCUGGGGAACAGCGGGGACCUUUUCACCAUCUCUGUCAUGGGCACCCUUUACCUGCAGGCUGGGCAGUAUGCCUCUGUUUUCGUGGACAACUCGGCAGGCUUUCCCCUCACAGUCCAAAGUGGCUCCGAUUUCAGUGCUGUUCUGCUGGGAGUGUGAAGAGGCACCACGCUGAACCUUUGCCAGCCACUAUCGUGUCUCCCCUGCUCAGCACCAAGUCUGAGGAAGAACAUUUGCUCCUGCAGGAAGCUGCAGUCUGGUCUGAUACUGCUUGUGCUGCAGAACCAGCCAAAGAUGGACAAAAGACCAUGAAGAAGAUGAUGAUGAUGAUAAUAAUAAAGCAGCCUGAC